UAUGCUAUAAACUUUAGGGUUUCUGCCUCUUUGCAGCUGAAAAUCGCCAGAUUGAAGAACUAAACCAUGGCGGAAAAGGCAGUCACAAUUCGAACCAGGAAGUUCAUGACCAACAGACUUCUUUCCCGGAAGCAAUUCAUCAUUGAUGUUCUUCAUCCAGGAAGAGCAAACGUUUCCAAGGCGGAACUGAAGGAGAAGCUAGCAAGAAUGUAUGAUGUAAAGGAUACAAAUGCUAUUUUUGUUUUCAAGUUCAGAACCCAUUUUGGAGGUGGGAAAUCAACUGGCUUUGGUUUGAUAUAUGAUUCACUCGAGAAUGCAAAGAAGUUUGAGCCGAAAUACAGGCUUAUCAGGAAUGGGCUGGCCACCAAGGUUGAGAAGUCUAGGAAGCAGAUGAAAGAAAGGAAGAACAGAACAAAGAAGAUCAGAGGUGUUAAGAAGACCAAGGCUGGUGAUGCCGCCAAAGCUGGAAAGAAGAAAUGAGACUAUGUCUUCUUUUGGGUGUUUUUCAUUGUUGGCUAACUAUGAGGUCAUCAUGUUUGUUAUUUUUUUUUCAUUUGAAGUAAGUUAAUUCACUUGAACCUUUUUUGCAAUUAUCAAUGAUAGUACUGAGAUUCUCUUCUUAAA